CAGCAGGACGCAACAUCUGGCAUCACAAAGCCGGGUAACGGAAUCAAAGUCCUUUUCCUUUCUUUCCUACAUAUUCUCUUAGCUCUGGAGUGGGGUUUGAGCAUGGAUAAAACAAAUAAGUUCAUGAUUAAAUCAUUUUUACUCUGCGUUGUACUGGCUUUAUACGGAACACUGGCUACAGGACAGAGGAGCCCCCUGAAUAAUUUUCAGCGCUCUGAGGGUCGGGAGCUUGUGCCCAAUGAAUGGCACAAGGACCGCAUGAAGCUGCUGCCAGGGCUAACUCUGGAAGAAUGCGCCAGACGCUGUUCACAGAGCCUGGACUGCAGAGCGUUUAACUACGAGACUCGCCCAUCCGUCACAUGCAAGCAGCUGCCAUGGGUGAGGGAUGAGAACACUGCUGAUGUCAAGAGGAACGUCAACUGUGAUCUGUAUGAGAAAAAAGACUACGUACGCGGGUGCAUUGUGGGAGAUGGCAAGACGUAUCGAGGGAAGGUAUUCCAGACACAGAGCGGUUUCACCUGUCAGCAGUGGUGGUCCAAGUUCCCACAUGACCACAGAUGGACUCCUUCGGGAGCAAACGGUCUGGAACUAAACUACUGCCGUAACCCAGAUGGGGAUGCCAUUGGCCCCUGGUGCUACACCACAGAACCUGAGCGACGCUUUGAGACCUGCAAUAUCCCUCGCUGUGAGGAUGAGGUCUGUAUAACAUGUAAUGGAGAGGACUAUAGGGGCCAGGUGGACCACACAGAGACAGGUCUGGAGUGUCAGCGCUGGGACCAGCAGCACCCCCAACAGCACAUCUACCAGCCUGAGAAAUACCCAGACAAGAGUUUAGAUGAUAACUACUGCCGGAACCCUGACGCCUCCCCUGUGCCAUGGUGCUACACUACGGACCCCAAGGUGGAGAGACAAAACUGCAAGAUAAGAAAAUGCGAAAAGGUUCCACAGAAGCGUUCCCGCUCAAGCUACACCACGCACUGUUUCCGCGGUCGUGGAGAGGACUACCGUGGUAAAAUCAAUGAGACGACCUCCGGUGUUCCCUGCCAGCGCUGGGACGCACAGUCCCCUCAUCAGCACCCCUUCUUCCCACAGACCUACGAGUGCAAGGGUCUGGAGGAGAAUUACUGCCGCAACCCUGAUGGCUCAGAGGCACCAUGGUGCUUCACUUCCUUGCCAGAAAGGAGGACCGCUCUCUGUCUCCAGAUAAAGCGAUGCCCUGAUGACAUUGAGGCAGAAGACUGUUACCAUGAAAAUGGUAAAAACUAUCGUGGCAUAGUUCGCAAGACUCGGAAGGGAAUCAUUUGCCAAAAAUGGAGUGUGAACACCCCUCACAAAACCAAGAUAAACCCCACAACUUACCCUAACGCCAACCUAACGGAUAACUUCUGUCGCAACCCUGAUGCUGACCUGCACGGACCUUGGUGCUACACCACUGACCCAAAGACUGAGUUUGACUACUGUGCCAUUAAACAAUGUGCUGGGGAAUCUGUCUCCAUCAUCUCGCCAACAAAGAAAGUGGAGUUCAACGAGUGUGGAAAGAGAGAUGCUCGCCUGAGCAACCUCAGGAUGCGCAUCGUGGGAGGGACCCCAGGAAACUCGCCAUGGACCGUCAGUCUCAGAGACCGCAGGGGAAAUCAUUUCUGCGGUGGGUCCCUGGUCAACUCAAAAUGGGUGAUCAGCACAAAGCAGUGCUUCUCAUCCUGCUAUGUGGAUCUGACUGGCUACACAGCUAUGAUGGGCACCCUGUACAAGAACCCACAGCCCGGGGAUCCUGGGCGACAGAGCAUCCCGCUCACCAAGAUCGUCUGCGGCCCGUCAGAGUCCCACCUGGUCAUGCUGCAGCUGGAAACGCAAGCAAAAAUCAACGAGCGUGUGUCUCAGAUCUGCCUGCCCCCAGAACAUUACAUCGUUCCAGCAAACACCAUCUGUGAGAUAGCAGGCUGGGGAGAGACUAAAGGAACUGCAGAUGAGGCUGUGCUUAACGUGGCCCAAAUGCCUGUAAUGGAGAACUCCGAAUGCAACAAUUACUUCCGGGGUCGCGUGAAGGACAAUGAGAUGUGCACCAACUCCUUCCAGGGUGGCGUGGGAGCCUGCGAGAGGGAUUAUGGCGGACCACUGGCCUGUCAGAACAGCGACUGCUGGGUACUGGAGGGUGUUAUCAUCCCCAUGCGCCGCUGCGGUCACCCUGGGCAGCCGAACAUCUUCAUCCGCGUGUCUGUCUACGUGGACUGGAUAAAGAAGGUCAUGGAGUUGGCCUAGUAGCGCAGCUCUGAGCGUUAAUAUUGUAGCGGUCCCAUCCGCCAUUCCCUUCUCUCUCUCCCGCCCCUGUCCCCUGGCACUCACUGAGUGUUGACAUCUUGGCUUGAAUAUGCUCGCUGAUAUAAACAGGCUAUCCUGCUGUUCAUUCCAUUCUCAAGCCCUGCACUGUGGGUGUGGCUGGUGUCUCGUGUUGGCUUUGCAAAGGGCAUAUCCCUUAGCCUUGUUAAAUGUAUGUGCGUCUGUGUUGUAUUAAUGUAGACAUAAUGCACUUUGUCCCUAAGUAUAAGUAAAUAAUUUGUCUUUUUCUGCAUGCGUGUAUAUGUUUGUGUGUAUGAGAGAGAGAGAGAGAGAGAGAGAGAGAGAGAGAAAUAAUUGCUUGCAUAGUUUGCAUAUUAUUACAUCACAUUACAUUACAUUAUUGGCAUUUUGGCAGACGCUCUUAUCCAGAGCGACGUACAGUUGAUUAGACUAAGCAGGAGACAAUCCUCCCCUGGAGCAAUUCAGGGUUAAGGGCCUUGCUCAAGGGCCCAACGGCUGUGCAGAUCUCAUUGUGGCUACAUCGGGAUUAGAACCACCAACCUUACGUGUCCCAGUCAUUUACCUUAACCACUACGCUACAGGCCACCCGCAUAUAGAGUUUGUUUGUUGUCUGGCCACAAGGGUAAUGUAUGUCAUUCACAUCCCUCAAGGUAUAUUGAGGUAUCAACAUGCAACAUCUCAUCUUUCUAUAAUAAUAUACUCAAAAUCCGAUGCUUCUAGCUGUUUGUAUGUAUUUCUUAUUUUUAAAAGUUCCACUCUUCAAAGAAAAAAAGAAUAAUAAAAUUGACAAAUUAACAAAAAUGUGUUUUGGCUCUCAAAUAUGAGGUGAAUAGGAUACAGUACAAGAGUAUUUUGUUUAUGGGAAUAAAAAAAUAAAAAAACAUUUCUGUCAUUAA